ACAUCAUCUAAACUCCACUCUCAAGACAUAGAGCCCUUCCUAUGGGAGCUUAGUGCUAGUCUUGUGGAGAUGGGUCGAAGAGACUCCUUAACUGUACAAGAUGCGAACAAUUUGACAGUUUUAUUGGAAUGGUUAACUUCCCGGUUCAAAGAUAUGAGUUUACCUGAUAUUUCAUACGGCUCUUUCCAGAAAUUACAAGCUCUAGUUCACAAGACAAUAGGGACACGAGCAAAUAAUUUAGAGGCUAUAGGAAUGGAAAUACGCUUUGGUGACGAUGAAAUGUCAGAAGCGGAUGCUCCAGUCGUGUACCAGAUCGUUCGAAACCCUUUAUUCGCUCCACAGCUGGCGGUUAUACAGGAGAGCCAUGGAGAACUGCGAACACCACCGAAAUAUCCCCCACAUCCUGCUCUUGGAUUGGUCACCACUUCACCUCCCACCACCGUUAUCAAAUUCCCAGCAGGUACGAGCUUGACAAAAACUUAUAAUAACAAUGAUUUCCGCCAACCGCGUAGUACCGCCUCAGUCUGGCACAACACUAGUCGACCACCUAGUACUCAUGUUGAU